AUGGAAGCUAACGUGUCAUCAAUGUGUCCGAAAAACGGACCAAAGCCUGUGAUAUCAAUUCCUUCAAUGUGUAUUGGUGUGAGUGAAAAUUCAGUCAUUAUCGGAGCAAGAUGUCGAACAGUCACGCUGCAACGUGGCGGGAUAACAAUUAACUAUUUAUCCAGUAGUCUGAUACUUAUCCAUCAUAAUUACGGCCGACUUUUCAAGACAUUACAAAAUAUUUAA